AUGCGAUCGACGCGCGCGCGGGCGUCGGCGACGCCUCGCCUCGGCCUCGGGCGCGCUCGACGACGGCGCGGGGGCGGGCGCGCGCGCGGGAACGCGCGACGGGGCGCGGGACGGGAGGACGACGGCACGGAUGGGGCGAGCUCGGGGGAUUUCAUCACGGAUGUCGUGGGCGCCAUCUUCGGUCGAGACGCGCUGAGGGAUCCGGAACCGAUGGGAUUGAAACGAAUGACGCGGGAGGCGUGGCCGGAUCAGUGGCCGGCGACGACGGCGGCGACGGCGGCGACGGUGGAUGGGGACGAUGCGAUUUUGGUAAACGCGCGGAGCGUGCUGACGCAGACGCAGUUGGAAAAGUUAUCGUUGGGCGUGGCGUACGACGCGAACGUCCACGGGUGGAGCGCGAGCGCGUUUCACACGCAGUUGGAUGGACAAGGUGCGGGGUUAUUGGUGGGAGAGACGGCGGAUGGGGAGGUUUUUGGAGGUUAUAAUCCGAUCGGGUGGCUGGGAUACGGCGAGGCGCGAGACGCGGUGAGCGCGUUCUUGUACGUGAUCGAAGAGGACGGAAACGCGGUCAAGCUGCCGAAAAUCGGCGGGAGCGGGAUGGCGAUAAUCGAUGAGAGCGGUCAGGGACCGCAGUGGGGCCCGGACGGGUUGAAGGUGUCGCUGGAGGGACGCUGGGCGAAGUCGCGUCUGGGGACGUAUUACGAAAACAUGCCGAGCGGCGACGCGUGCUUGUUCAAAAACACCAAACGCGGGACCCCGGUGGAGUUGAAGAGCCUGCGCGUGUACGUCGCGCUUGAGGAUACGGAGCUCGCUAAAAGUUAUCAACCAAACGCGUUGCAGUGGCAGCCAGGAGAGCUCGAAGAGAUUCGCAAGGACGACGACGAUCCAAACCACAUGGACGGUUUCUUCGGAAAGCUCUUCGGGGGUAAGAAGAAAUGA